AGCACUGCGGUACACAUGGUUUUUUCCAUCCGGAUUACUGGAACGAAGCAGGCAAGAACGCGUGUGAAGGUCGCGCAUGCGCCUCGGGAUUCUGGCUAUUUCUUCACGUGGAAAUCAGUCCUUUGGCUGAUAUUAGCGCACAGUAUCACACAGCCUCCACGCAAAGAGUCAGCAAACAUAAAAAUGGCAUUUAGGAAAUUCCUCCCCAUGUUUGACCGUGUGCUGGUGGAGCGUCUGGCAGCGGAGACGGUAACAAAAGGGGGCAUCAUGCUUCCGGAGAAGUCCCAGGGCAAGGUGCUGCAGGCCACAGUGGUGGCCACUGGUCCCGGUAGCACCAACAAGGAUGGUAAGGUGGUUCCAGUUAGUGUGAAAGUGGGAGAAAAAGUCCUGUUACCUGAGUAUGGAGGAACUAAAGUCAGUCUUGAUGAUAAGGAGUAUUUCCUGUUUCGUGAUGGCGACAUCCUUGGAAAAUAUGUUGAUUGAUGGUUUAUGUGCCUGGAUGUCAUUACCCAUGUGAAAGAAGAAUAUGUCUGUGUAAUUCAUUUAUAUAUAAUUCUGUUGUAAAUAAGCAGUUUUGUUAUAGUAAUAAACAAAAUGUGUAUCCCUUUCUACGGAUUAUUUAAAGUUGGUUUAAUUGUUGAAUUAGAAAUUAUCUUAAGAUGAUGCUGGCUAGAUUCAUAAUCUCGCUGCUGUGACUUGGUGUAUUAUCUUUUUUUUUUUGCUAACACGGCUAAUCUUUAUGGACACAUCAGAAAUAAAGUAGUUUAAACC